AUUGUGUAUUGACGGACGUAUUAGAAUGUAUAUUAAAAGAUAUCCUGUCGUGAUCCCAUGAAAUCAACGAGUAUUUCUUAAAGUGAUUGUUACUGACUUUCUAAUCGGACAGACUGUCGGAGACACACUGUCGGAGACUGCACUUUUUAUCUCGUACUCAAGCCGCCCUUAUUGAACAUUUAUUGUUGGUUAUCGUUGGUGUGAAACAAAAAAUGAUUUUCGCGUGGCUGCUUUGUCUUGGCCUAAUGUGUUGUCGGCUUGUAUCAGCCAAUCCGCAAUGUCGGAAAGAAAAUUUGGACAUUUUCAUUGCUCUCGAUGGAUCACAGAGUAUCCAUCCUCAAAAUUUCAAUAAACUUCGACAGUUUUUGUCGAAUCUUGUUGGCGAAUUCAAAAUUGGCGAAUUUCAGAGUCGCAUCGGCUUAAUGCAAUUCAGUAACAAGUUUCGAACGGUCGUUGAAUUUGAUUUUGGCAAACAUAAAACAACCAAAGGUAUUCAAAAUAAUAUAAAGCGACUUGUUCAUCAGUAUGGCGACCGAACAUUCUUGGGACACGCUUUCCGCGUCGCAGACAAACAUAUAUUUUCUGAUAAUUCAACUCAUUCGGAUCGUGAAGAUUCAGAGAAAGUGUUAUUGUUGAUAACAGAUGGUCAGCCUCACGAUCCACAAGAAGCUAUUGAGGAAGCAAACAAAUUAAAAAACAAAGGAGUUCAUCUCAUUACGAUUGGAGCAGGAACCAAAAAAUGGAUGUCCAAGUACAAAUUGCUGUUCAAUCGAAUUGGCUCAAAACCAGCUCAUAAUCACAUCGAAGAUUUCAGAUUUUUGAAGAAGAUCACAAAGAAACUUGUAAAAGAUAUUUGUGGAAACAAAGAAAGACAACCUGCUCCCGAACACAAAUGUUUUCAAGAAAAGAAAGAUAUUUUGAUUAUGGUUGAUGGAUCGAAGUCUGUGGGUAGCAGAAUGUUCUAUAAAAUCAGAUUUUUUCUCCAAGAUUUUCUAUCGAGAGUAGACGUUGGACCGUCUCGUGUACACGUCGGCGUUAUGCAGUUCAGCGAUCGUCUUUUAACUAGCAUUGAAGUUUCUUUGAAUCAAUUCUCGACCCUCCAAGAUCUUGUAGCAACGAUUGCAAAAUUAAGAUACCAGGGUGGCAAAGAGGCUGACCUGUAUCAUGCAUUGCGAACAGCUCAUACAGAGGUGUUUAAAACUGACCAAGGUGAUCGUGUUUCGGCACCAGACACAAUCAUCAUUUUUACUGAUGGCAACUAUAUUAAUGACGGCGUACAGGAAAUCAUCAGUAAAUUUCAAAAGAAGAACAUCCGUGUUGUGGCUGUGACUGUAGGGCACAAGAAAAAAAUCAAUCAUGAGAUGAUUGAAUCGCUUGUUAUGGGCCCUAGUGAUGUCUAUGAGUUUGAAAAAAUCGAAUCGUCUGUUUUUGUUGAUGAUAUAGCUCCAAGUACAUGCAAAAUGGCGACCUGUACAUCAGCUGCACCGAUAUGCCAUCCUGAAAACCAGGAUGUUUUGUUCCUUGUCGAUGGCUCCUCUAGGAUCGGAAGAAAUGAAUUUAUUGCUGGACAGCGGUUUAUAAAACGCCUCGUCGAGAAGAUGACAAUAGGCAAAAAUACGACGCACAUUGGUAUUAUGCAGUUUGGUUCCGCUGGUCGUGUUGAGCAUGCAACGCGGCUCGGAUCGGACAAUGUACGGAGUACAGUCAGUAAUGAUGUUUCUAAAAUGGUUUAUAUGAACGAAAGAUACGAUUCUGAUUUGGGUUAUGCUCUAUCGAUAGCAAGCGAUAUGCUUUUAAAUCCCCAAAAUGUGGAUCGUAAAAGUGUUGCAAAGACCAUUGUACUGAUGACGGAUGGUGACGUCACAAAUUUCUACGAAGUAAAUACCAUUGCAGAGAAAAUGCGCAAGAAAGACAUUCGUAUAAUUACCAUGUCCAAUGGAGUGAAUAGUAAAUUUCAGACGUUUGUUUCAUCUUUACGCAUCCUUGCGUCCGGCUCUAAAAAGUACUAUCGCGUUGACAAUUCACAAUUCAACGAAGUGUUGGCUGAAUUAGAGAAGACUGUUUGCAUUUCCGAGCCAGAAAUUCCCGAAACGUGUUUCUCCCAGAAGCGUCGUAUUUUUUUUGCCCUUGACAGUUCAAGUGGACGAAACAAGAAAAAGUUCAAAGAACUUCGGGAGUUCUUAGAAAGUCUCAUCAAUAAACUUCAGGUUGGCUUUUCUGGUAGUCAAGUUGGUUUCCUGCAGUUCGACGACCUGUUGACGUCCGAGAAUCGCGUUAUUUUCAAGAAAGAUGCCACUAUGGAUGAGAUUUUGGAGCAAAUUCGAACUAUGCAGUAUCGAAAAGCUAGUUUGAGCUAUCUUGGAAAUGCGCUAAAAAUCAUCAAUAAUAGGGUUUUCGCUCAUGGUCGUGAACGUCACGGAGAAACAAAGGAUGUUCUUAUUAUAAUUACCCACAAAGAGAUCAAUGAUGAACAAUUAGCUUUUGACGAGGCUGAAAAACUUAAAUCUAAAGGCGUUCAGAUUAUCUCCAUUGCCAGUGGUAGACGUAGCAAUGUUGAAAGAAUAAAGAGUCAACUGAGAGUCAUAUCCACAGAGCCAACAAAUACCCAUGCCGCUGACUACUUUUCACUAUGGACAGUUGUGGACGAUGUGAUCGUCAGCAUCUGUGGCCUUGGACAGUGUACUUCAUUUAUGGCCAGAACCUGUGCACCCAAAAAACAAGACAUUGUAUUCCUCAUCGACAGCUCUCGGAGUAUUGGUAAAAAAAAUUAUCGAAGAUUACAGCGAUUCUUGAAUCGCCUUUCUUUGAGAUUGGAUCUUGCAGAGGAUAGAACACAUUUAGGUGUUCUUCAAGCUGGUGGUCGAGAUGAAUCUCGUUUCCAAUUCAACCUUGGUGACUUUCCAGAUCGUAGUGACAUUCUUUACAUGAUCAACGAUAUGGAAUACAUCGACAGUUUAUACACAUAUAUGGGCGAAGGACUGACUGUUAUACGAGAAAAAGUAUUUAACCACGUUAGAACAGACAGACCUCAUAUUCCUAAUACGCUGGUGAUAUUCGCGGACGGUGAAUCACAUGACGAUGUCGUCAUGCUUAAGGAGGCUGAACAACUAAAGUCGAUGGGUGUGAAAAUUCUUUCCGUUGGAUACGGCACAAACAUAAGUUUUAACAGUGUUGGGAUGAGUAACCUUAAGAAAAUGGCGUCAAGUGAUGUCUUCAGCAUAGACUUUGAACGAAAUGACCUAAUUUUAGAAGAGAAAAUCGACCUUGUUGCUAAACAUUUGGUUGAAGUUGAUUGUCCUAGAGCUUAUCCAUCGCCUGUGAAAUGUAAUCAAGGAAAGGUCGAUCUUUUUCUAUUGGUUGACGGAUCUCGGAGUAUAUCUUCGAAAAACUUCAAACUUGUAAAGAAAUUUUUACGACGGUUGACGUCGGAGUUUGACGUUAGCGAGAAAGCUGCUCAUGUUGGCCUACUACAAUUUAGUGACGAGAAGUCGAUGAGUUACGAGUUUGCUCUAAAUGAGAUGCACAACAACAAAGAUGUGAGAAAAGCGAUAAGACGAAUGAAAUAUCGUGCUGGUGUAAAGACAAACACUGGAAAUGCUCUCAGGGUAGUCGAUCAAUAUAUUUUCAAUCAUCGAAAUGGCGAUCGUCCAGAUGCUGCAGACGUUUUGAUUUUGUUCACAGACGGUCGUGCACACGACUUUAAACUUGCCAAAAAACAUGCUGCCAGAAUGAAGGAAAGAAAUAUAAAGAUCAUUACAAUUGCCGCCGGGCACGAGGCAAAGAAUCCCAAAGCAAAACUCGUAAAACAAUUGGAAGAGAUUGCCAGUGAUCCCCUCAACGUGUACAAAGUUGAUUUCUCUGAGCUUGGGGAAAUUACUGACCGACUCAUUCAUGUUGACUGUGUCAUCGUCCCUCAAAAAAUCUGAUCUUAUUCAUGGUAUUCCAUAAGACUUUGAACGACGUACCAAGUUUGUUCUAAAACCAACGUAUGUUUGAUGUACAAUAGCUAACCUUUUUCCUUGUGCUUUAAUUAUCUACGAAUUCUAUUUUUCCUAUAUUUGUUUUGUUUCGUGUACUAAAUCCUCCAAAUGUCUUGCUUCCACGUUCCACGUUCGUACAACAGUUUUUACUGAACAGUAAAACAUGAUAUUCUGUAUGGCCAGUUAUUUGUCUUACAUGAGCACAUUGAAACUCGCGUGAGCACACAUUGAGAGCACUUUAUGUGAACUGAAGAGCCUUAAUAAGCAAUUCUAUGCAUGGCUCCUCUGGUUGACAGCUGUGUUAUCUUUGUAUGUCAGCACUACAAGAAUAGUUUAAUUGUUAUUGAAAACAAAGUCAAAAUCUUUGCCAGAAAUUACAGAAAGAGAUUACGUUUUUAAAUUUUUAAGUUCGCUUGAAAGAAAUUAAAAGCGGCCAAACUAUUUUCUAAAGCAUUUGGGAUUUCGCCGACGAAUUAAGGCAUUUGAGAAUGGCGUGAAACAGAUUUCAUUAUUCUCAUGCGCACGUUUUUAUUUUCAAUCUUUAAUAAUUAAACUUGCCUUAUACAAAAUACCAUUUUUACGUGGAGCGGUUGUUUUUAAUACUGCGUAUCUUUUGUGGCAACAAUGGGAAACAGGUGUGCUUUUGCUUUCCUUAAAGAACUGUUGUAGUUUAUUGAGUCACUUUUGUAUUCUUUCUAUACCAUAUAAUGCUUAUAUAUUUUUGUUAAACAUCUAUUCUUAUAAUGAGUACAUAGAAUAUUAUGUCUGCAACAAAUAAACCAGUAGAUAGUCACAGGCAUACAUUUGUGUUGCAAGCAUUUCCUGAUUUGAAACCUAAAAUUCAAUACAUGUAAAAGAAAUGCUUUAAUAAACACAAAUCAAAUAACAUUGUAUUUAAGAGUAUUAAAUUGAAAUUAUCUAAAGUUUGUGUUUAUGAAUUUUCCAUUAUUUUCUUUGAAAAUUACAUACAAUAAACACUAACUUUAUCCUA